UCAAACAUUUAUGAAGUGGCUACUUACUAUGCUAACCACCGAGGAUACCCAGAUAAAAACGGAACAGGAUCUGCUCUCAAGGAACUUAUAUUCUGUGGGUGAGGUGGGGCUAACCCCACAUAUGCGAAACCCAGUCUCCUCCAACAGCCCCGGACCGUGUCUCCCCGCCCAGUUCCGGCCCUUAGGAUGCCCCUCACCCCCACCCAAUGGGUCACAAUAGGGCCAUGGUAGCCUCUCAGGAGCUGGGACUGGACUGGAGAAGAGGGGCCCUGGCAGCUCCAACAGCAGGGCCCCCAGCCCCCCGGCCCCCAGCUCCUCUAUUCCAUCUGGGGCUGGCUAAGUUCCGGGACCAGCGGGGUCGCCAACGGCGGGGAUGAGUUGCAGGAGCAACUCUGAAAACACCGACAACUCCAACAACUCCGAGGUUUCUCGGCUCUGGAAGCUGUGAGUGACAGGAGCCGUUGGCCCCUGCUCUCGCAGAAGUUCCUCCCCUCCCGUCCCUGGAGGCCACUUCUCCGUUCUAGACUCCUCACUAGCUCUCCACACCUUCUCCACCCCACCCCGAGGCCCCUAGGCAGGUCCUACGAUCUCUGCUCAGGAGCUCCUGCUAGGUUAGGGCCUGGGAUCUGGGGACAGAAGAGGAGUUUUAGGAGGGCUCUGGUCGGGGGAGGGGAGUAAGUCUGGGAGAUGGAGGACGUUGGGAAGACGCUUGGGAGUGGGAUUAAUUCCUCAGAGGCCCCUCCAGCUGCGGUCUCUUCGGCCCAAACUCCGGCCAAUAACCCAAGAACCCCACCCGCUGUGCCUCUUGUACUCGGUCCCCCCAGAUUACAAGAUCUGCAGUUCGAAUGCGGGCAAUGCAUAAACUGCCUCCAGUCCCUGGAGCAGAGGAGGAAUUCCCGGUGCUGGAGAUGGAUUAACGAGUGCACUACCGCGUUCUCAGUCCAGCAAGAGCAAGACCAGGAGGAGACUCAAGAAGGGGAUGAGGAUGAGGACGGGGACGGGGAAGGGGAAGGGGAAGGGGAAGGGGACGGGGACGGGAACAGGAACGGGGACUGCGCCCUGUGUUUGAUUCUGGCCCCGAACUCGCCUCGCCACAGCGUCACAGGGAGCAGCUCCCAAUCUUCUGAGUGUCCUCCUUCAGAAAGGCAAGGUUGGGCGCCCGAUUUUCAGUGGCCGAAUCCACUGGAGCUAGCCUUGGACGUGUCCGCGCUAUUGGCUCUGCUUUCCUUUCUUCGAGCCGACGAUUCCGGAAUGCUGCUGCUCUUCGCCGCGUGGCUCUUUAUCCUUUACCUCUUGGUCACGAUCCCCCUGGUGCUGAUGCUUGGCAGCAGGCGGCGAUCUCGCCGGAGGCGGGCUCCGAGGCGAUAUUAAGCCAGAGCUCCUGGUCUAGCACGCGCUCAGCCCGGAAGGCAAAAAGCUCUCCUCCUACUAGAGUCCACAGUUCUUAAUAUCCAGGUGAAUCCCUGGAGUACAAGUUCGUUACCAGAAUCCGGAUCCAUCUCCUUAAUCUCCGCCCCAGCCCGCAAUCACAAUCUUAAACUGAAAAGCAAACACAUGAGCCCAAAAUAAAGUCUCAAGGAACAAGAACCCCAGCCCAAAACAGGACCCAGAAUGUAACACGCUUGAAAAAAGGAAUAAAGGGGCCCUGGGCCAGCUGCCUCUCA